GAAGAAGAUCGAUCCUCAGAAAGGCGAGAUGAAACUGCUGGUGAUUUUGAUGAAGAAUGUGAUGAAGAAGGAAAUGAUUACUCAGAUGCAGAUGAUUUUAUUGUCGAUGAUGAGGGACGCCCUAUCACUGUUAAACGCCAAAAGCGGAAACCUAUUUUUACUGAUGCGGCUCUUCAAGAAGCACAAGACAUCUUUGGAGUAGAUUUUGACUAUGAUGAGUUUGAUAAAUAUGACCAAGAAGAGGAAGAGGAAGAGGAUGAAGAUUAUCAAAAAGAGGAUGAUCCUGGAAGGAGGAGGAAAGCAAAGAAAUCUAUAUUUGAAAUUUAUGAACCCAGCGAACUUAAAAGAGGCUAUUUUACUGAUUUAGAUAAUCAGAUUCGUAACACAGACAUUCCUGAAAGGAUGCAGUUGCGUGAUACGCCAGUAACACCAGAAACUGACGAUAAAUUAGAAGAUGAGGCUGCUUGGAUCUUCAAGCAAGCCUUUUGCAAGCCUUCUAUAUCAACUCAGCAUCAGCAUGGCUUAAAUUCUGAGAGUGAAAAGAUACGAAAAGAACCCAGUGCAACAACAUAUAAAAUUAAGAAGGCCCUUGACUUCAUGCGAAAUCAAAGUUUGGAAGUUCCUUUUAUUGCAUUUUAUAGGAAAGAAUAUGUUUCUCCAGAGCUCACAUUAAGUGAUCUGUGGAAGGUUUACAAGUAUGAUGAAAAGUGGUGUCAGUUAUCAGCACGCAAACAAACACUUAUUAAACUUUUUGAAAAAAUGCGUGAUUAUCAAGGGGAGCAGCUUACUAAAGACAGCACAGCAGACAUUCCUGAAGAUGUCAGAGUUUUGACAGAUGAUGAUAUUGACCGAGUGCGAGCUGUACAGACUCAAGAGGAUUUUCGAGAUGUCUCCUUACAUUUUCAACUCUAUUAUUCACACGAGGUUCCAGCUAUGCAAGCAGCUUGCAAAGCUAUAGAGAAACUAGAGCGACAGCAAAGGAAAGAAGCACAGCGUAAUCGACGCGAAAGAAGGAAGAAAAAGAAAACUAUUGUUAAUGAUGAUGGUGAAGAAGAGGAGGUGACUGAUGACGAUGUAGAGGACGAUGAUGACCUUGAUGAUGAGGAAGAUGAUAUGGAGGAGGAUGAACCUCAGGAACAAGUGAAGCAGGCUGUUAGGUCUGGACCAUACAGUAUGUGUCGUAAAGCACGAUUAGCAGGAUUUGCCAAACGGUUUGGCCUCUCUCCUGAACAGUUUGCUGAGAACUUGAGAGACAAUUACCAACGACAUGAGGUAGAACAAGAAUCUGUUGAACCUCUUGUGUUAGCUAAAGAAUAUCUUUCUGCACAAUUUCCUAAUUCUGAGGAGGUUUUGAAGGCUGUUAAGUAUAUGGUUGCUGCACAGUUGUCUAGGGAGCCAUUAGUGCGGAAAUGUGUUAGGGAGGCCCUUUUUGAGCGAUCCAAAAUUGAUGUAAUUCCUACAAAGAAAGGAAUAAAAGAAAUUGAUGAAAACCACCCUAUUUAUGGACUGAAAUAUCUGAAAGGGAAACCUGUUCGUGACUUAUCUGAUGAACAGUUCUUAAAGCUUAUAAUGGCUGAGGAAGAAAAGAACAUAACUAUCUCUUUUUCUGACCAAAUAGAAGGCUUGACGACUGCUUCAUUUAUUGAAGAAGCCAAACAACUGUACCUUAGGGAUGAAUUCAUUAAACAUGUCCAAGAAUGGAAUACAAUUCGAGUAGAAUGUGUUGAUCUUGCUCUCCGUAAAAUGUUAAUUCCGGAAAUUAGAAAAGAACUUAAGAGUGUAUUACUGAACGAGGCAAAGGAUUGUGUUCUGCGUGCAUGUUGCCGACGUUUGUACAACUGGAUAAAGAUUGCACCAUACAACGUAGACUUUCCAGAUGAGGAUGAAGAUGAGUGGGACACAUCAAAGGGGCUUCGUGUUAUGGGUCUUGCCUAUGUCCCUGAUUUUUCUCAGGCUGCAUUUGCUUGUAUUGUUGCCCCAGAUGGAGAGGUGACUGACUAUUUACGGUUGCCUAGCAUUUUGAAGAGGCGCAAUGGUUACAGGGAAGAUGAUAAGCUUCAAAAGGAGGCCGAUCUUACUGCAUUGCGCUAUUUUAUUUCAACUAAGAAACCUCAUGUUAUUGCUGUGGGUGGAGAGAGCCGAGAUGCAUUAAUGAUUAUUCAGGACCUGAAAAAUGUUGUGAAGGAUUUGGUGGAAGAUGAUCAGUUCCCUUCCAUCAAUGUUGAAAUUGUUGACAAUGACCUUGCCAAAAUUUUUGCCAACUCUAUUAAGGCAGAGAAUGAGUUCCGAGAUUAUCCUCUGCUUUUAAGACAAUCUAUAUCUCUUGCACGCCGGUUACAAGAUCCUUUGAUAGAGUACUCUCAAUUAUGCACUAGUGAUGAAGAAAUUUUGUGUCUUCGGUUUCACCCCCUCCAGGACCAAUUGGCUAAAGAAGACUUAUUGGAAGCUUUGUACCUGGAGUUUGUGAAUCGAACAAAUGAAGUUGGAGUAGAUAUUAAUGUUGCUGUUCAAACUGGUCAAACUGCCAACCUUGUUCAAUUUAUUUGUGGUCUUGGUCCUCGCAAAGGAACAGCUCUAAUCAAGCUUCUAAAGCAGACAAAUCAGCGUUUGGAAAACCGUACUCAAUUAGUAACCUCAUGUCACAUGGGACCCAAGGUCUUUAUUAAUUGUGCUGGAUUCAUUCGUAUUGACACGAAUUCAUUAGGAGACAGCACCGAAGCAUAUGUUGAGGUUCUUGAUGGAUCUCGUGUACAUCCUGAAGCCUAUGAAUGGGCAAGAAAAAUGGCAGUGGAUGCCUUGGAGUAUGAUGAUGAGGACGCCAACCCUGCUGGGGUGUUAGAGGAAAUUUUGGAGUCUCCAGAGAGAUUAAAAGAUCUUGAUCUGGACGCUUUUGCCGAAGAACUUGAGAGACAAGGGUUUGGCAAUAAGAGCAUAACUUUGUAUGACAUCAGAAAUGAACUUAACCACAGGUACAAGGAUAUGCGUACUCCAUUUGCUUCGCCUAAUCCUGAAGAACUUUUUGAUAUUCUAACUAAGGAGAACCCUGAAAUAUUUUAUCUUGGAAAAAUGAUAUUAGCUACUGUAAUUGGCAUUCAACAUCGGAAACCACAACAUGAGCAAUUGGAUAAUGCCAACCCCGUCAGGAAUGAUGAGACUGGCUUGUGGCAAUGUCCUUUCUGUUUGAAAAAUGAUUUCCCAGAGCUCUCAGAAGUUUGGAAUCAUUUUGAUGCUGAAACAUGUCCGGGAAAAGCUACUGGUGUGAAGUUACGCCUUGAUAAUGGUAUUCAAGGAUACAUUCACAUUAAAAACUUGUCAGACAAGCAUGUUAGUAAUCCUGAAGAAAGAGUUAAAACGAACCAGAUAAUUCAUUGUCGCAUAACAAAGAUAGAUGUGAAUAGAUUUUCUGUUGAGUGUACCUCCAAAUCUUCAGACCUCAUGGAUGCCAAUCAUGAAUGGCGACCUAAUCGAGACCCGUAUUAUGAUACUGAGAGGGAGUCAAAAGACAAGAAAGUGGAAGAGGAUGCUAAAAAAAUGAAGCAACAACAUGCCUACAUCAAAAGAGUUAUUGUUCAUCCUUCUUUCCACAAUAUUUCAUUUAAAGAAGCUGAGAAACUCAUGGCUAGUCUUGAUCAGGGUGAAUGUAUUGUCAGACCAUCUAGUAAGGGAGCUGAUCAUUUGACCGUUACUUGGAAAGUAGCUGACAAUAUCUAUCAGCACAUUGAUGUCAGAGAAGAAGGUAAAGAGAACUCUUUUUCACUUGGCCAAUCUUUGUGGAUUGGCAAAGAUGAGUUUGAAGACCUUGAUGAAAUCAUAGCUCGGCAUGUGAAUCCCAUGGCUUCACAUGCUCGUGAUUUGAUAUCGUUCAAAUACUACCGUGAAACUAUGGGUGGGAAAAAGGAUAAGGCGGAAGAAAUACUGAAGGAUGAAAGACGUAGAAAUCCAAGCAAAAUUCAUUACAUAAUAUCAGCAUCUCAGUCCCUCCCUGGAAAAUUUAUGCUUUCAUAUAUAUUAAAUCGAUGCAGACAUGAAUAUGUGACUGUUACUCCUGAUGGAUUUAGAUUUAGACAACAAAUGUUUGAUAAUUUGAAUGAACUUUUCAAGUGGUUCAAAGAACAUUUUAGAGAUCCUAUUCCUGGAAGCACACCUAGCACUCCUCGUGCUGGAAUUACCAGCAGAACACCUUUUCCAGCAACUCCAAAUCUUAGCAUGGCUAAUAUUGACCCUGCCAUCCAGAGAGUUGCACAGAGUAUGCCAACCCACAUGCUUCACAGCCUUUCACAGGUGGCUAGUCAGACUCCACAUUAUUCUCACACCCCUGGUGUUUAUGGAGCAAGCGGCGUUCAUGGUUACCCUAACACUCCAUAUACACCUUCAGGACGCGGAGCUGGACUCGGCGGCCCGGGUGGAGUUCCGUAUCUGGCAGCCUUCGAGAAACGCCCAAUAAUCAAAUUAAAUUAUGUGAAAUGAAAUAAAAUUAUGCGUGAAAAAGAUUAACACGCUUUCAACGCCUACCAGUA